CUUGUGGGGGCGGAUAUGGUCGACGUACUCACCUCUGUUUCUGCGUUCCUAUUACCAUUUCAGCUAAAGGUCCUGUAAUCCAGAACGACCGUGAGCGCAUGCGCAGUAGCAUCAACCGGAUGUAGCGUUAAACGUUCUCCCAGAAUGCCCAGGGAGCAGGAUCUGUAGCAAAGAUGGCGGCGAAUCCGAACUCAAACAAAUAUGGGUUUGAGUGUCCUAACUGGUAUGAGAGCUGUGACAUCGAUAUUGAUAGAUAAGGGGAUAUUGUUCUGUGUAUCACUAGUCUUGAUGUAACAGUGUGGAUACAGUCUGGAGAAAUGCAUGGAGAGUGGCGAGCGAGCCAAUAUUCUAGCCAGCUAGGCAGGCAGAGAGGCAGGCAGGCUGGGAUAAAUGGCUAAUUGGCUGUGUUUCAUGUUGGGUCUAUGGGAGACGGACUGUUAUGGGUGAAGACACAGAAACACACAGAUAAUGUAGAAUACAAGAUGGGGAGCUUAUAUCAUCAUGCUGUGUGUGAUAGCUGGUGGGUGUGACUGGCUGCAUGGCAGGGCUGGCCAGGAGUUAUAUUAAUCCCUUCUCAAGUCAGCUAUUAAUAACACAUUGAUCCUGAUACUUGGCAUGCUGAGCUCUGCUUAUCAAUAUCUGAAAAACUGCUAUUGUGGAAUUUGAAGAACUUUGCAAGCCAUAUAAGGCAAAGCUCCUCAAGACAAACUAGUCAGCUGGAAUUUUAUGACAUACCAUUUUUUUUUUUUUUUAAAGCACAUGUAUAUUAAUAAUUAUUGUGUGUUUUGUUAUUUUAUAUAGAUAUGAUCUUUAUUGGCAAAAGAGAAAAACUGUACAAAUGGUUGUACGUCAGUACAUGUUUUAUAUUCCCGAUUUAUAUAAUUGUAAGGUGGUGUGGCACUAUAUAAAUGCUAAUAAUAACAACAGAGGAUAUAAGGCAACGAAUGAAGUAUGAAACUCUAUGUCUUAAAGUGGAUCACAUUUGUUUUUAACUUAGCAUGUCCCAACCUUCACACACCCCACCCCCCACUGCUCUAGUUGGACCUGUCCCCUAUUUUUCUUUUUUUUUUAUUCCCAAAAACAUGCUUAAAGGGAAACUAUAGUGCCAGGAAAACAGUUGUUUGUCUGGCAAUAUAGCUCCCUUUAUUAUUAUUUAUAAAGCACCAACAAAGCAUGUACAAUGGGUAUAGUGUCCAUCUCCUGUCACUUACCUGAUUCCAGCGCCGAUGUCCCUCAUCGCUGGUCUAGGCUCCACCUCCACUCCUUCCCUGUUGUCAGCUAGUGGGGGAACCUAAUGCCACAGUAGGACUUUCCUAUGGGGUUUUGGGUGACGCUGGAUGUCCUCAUGCAUAGCUUGAGGACGUCUAGUGGCUCUCUGGUCACAGCCACUAGAGGGGGAGGUAACACUCAAAAGUACUUUUUGCAGUUGAUCGAAAACUGAAAUAAUUACAAUUGCAGUGUUAAGGGACAUGCACCCAAACACUUCAAUGAGCUAAAGUGGUCUGGGUGCUCAUAGUGUCCCUUAAUUGCAAUGUUAUACUUGAGAAAGGUUGGGACUACUACAGAUCCUCUUAAUUUCUUUCACCUUUGACAGAGGCCCCUCAGUGUUAAUGUUUUAACAUGUACAAAGUGAUUUUUGGUUAAACACUUAUGUUUAUUAUCUCUUGCUCUGUAAAUUAAAGUUUUUUUCACCCACAGGAGGCUCCUUCAGGGUCUAGACGUUAACUGUGCAAUUAAACAAAGUUUAAAUUAAACAGACUCUGCAAUAAAGGAUGUGUAAACAUUAGAUCCCAUUUUCUCAGGAAGGUGUGCAACUCGGAUGCAGGGAGGUGUGAUUAGGGCUGCAUAAACAAAGUGUUUUAAACUCCAAAAUGGCAUAGAAUUUAGCAAUGAGAUUAGAGGCAUGGUCUAUACAUCGGAACUGUUUCAUUAUGUUAUAGUUGCCCUUUAACUUAGUUUAGAGGUUUUAUCUCCUGCUCAGUAAUCACAUACAGGACUAAAAGACCCGGAAGGUCCUCUAGUGGCUGUUUGGUAAACAGCCACCUGAGGUGCAGUUAGCAGUCAAAGGUAAUUAUUGCAGUUUAUUAAACACUGUAAUAAUUACAUUUUCAGGGUUAAGGGACCAGGGACAAUGAGCUGAAGUGGUCUGGGUGCCUGUAGUGUCCCUUUAAUCUUGCUGCAAAUUUGUAUGAAUUAGUUUGCGCAAUUCAAAGGUUUCAACAAUAGCGGCUGUGUUAAAUGCUUACAGUAGUGGAAUCUCUACUGUGUGAGAAAUAACCAAGUGUGUGAGUUUUGGUUGUAAGAACAUAAAAAAUAGACUUAAACUGUUACACAUUUAUCAUGUCCAUAACAAAGUUAAAGCUGUUUUGGUGUCUAUAGUGUCCCUUUAAAAUUUUGCACAAAAGUACCUUGCUGGUACUUGGCAGGCACAUUACACAUUCACUGACAGACAUGCGCACACGCACAGUCACUGACACACACAUUUUCUCACACACUUACAAAGUAUAAUUUAAAAAUAAAAUUUAAUUACUGUAUACGAUACACUCCAAAAGAUAUACACACAAAGUCAGAUACGCACAAGCACACAGAAAUUACAUUUUUUUUAAAUUUAAUCUUUUUAGCCACUCUCCUAUUUCCUACCUUUUGGGCGCAGGAGGGUGGCUUCCCUAGGGUCCAGUGGGACUAGGCAGCAUCAGAUGACAGUGGGUCUGGCUGACGCUGAUCCAGACUCCAAUUUCUGUAUCCUCAUGCAGCUCUCUAUGCGUCGGAAGGAAGUGAAGGGAACUGUAAUUACUUCCUCCAGGCGCUGAGGAAUGGGGGCGGAUGGCAAGCAGAGCCAUUUUUACCUAGUAUACUCCCUGCGUGGCCUCAGUGCCGGGAGGAACUAAUUACAGUUCUGUUCACUUCCUACCGAUACACAGAGAGCUGCAUGAGGACUGACAAAUCCAGGCGACCUGGCACCUUUGGGUUUUGUCAAGCCCUGUCUUAAACGCACCACAAUGCUUUAACUUCCAAUGCAAUGGUAAGGACAUUAUAAAGUUCAGGUUUUAAAAAUAUUUGUCUUGUGGUAUAUUUUGUGUAUUGGAUCAUGGCUAAUUGAAUAUUUUUCCCCAUAUAGGGCAGGGAAGCCACCUCCAGGUCUACAUCUUGAUGUAGUUAAAGGAGACAAGCUUAUAGAGGUAUGAAAACAUUAUACAUUCACAUUGUUGUUAAUCCUUUAUGUGCCUGAGAAAUUAAGUCAAGCGAUCAAGUGUAGAUGUGAAUGUGGGGUCAUAGUGGUAUGCAAAUGCAUUAAAUUAAUAAAUUGUAUGCAGCAAGUGUUACUCGAAACCAAGUAGUACACAAUUGAUGACUUGCCAUAUCUGAAAUAGCUUUUGAUUACUUAAAGGACCACUAUAGUGCAUUGAGCUGAAGUGGUCUGGGUGCCUUUAGUGAUCCUUUAAAGAAAAUUAUAGAGAAAAUACAAUAGUAAUGCAAAUAAAAACAAAUUUGAAGGACCAUUCGUGGCUUCACAACUACUUUCUCAAUUAAGUUGUUCUGGUAUCUGGUGGUUCUUGGCGUCGUGUUACCUUGUGAGGUUAACAAGUUUUUGAAUGGUUUAACCCCUUAAGGACGGAGCCAAAUGUACACGUUGUGAACGAAACAAAAUGUAAACAAAACCUGGCAUUUGCGCUACAUGUCUGUCCAACUGUAAUUCACCUCUUUCAUAUUAAAUACACCCACCCUUAUUAUAUAUCAUUUUAUUUAGGGGAAACAGGGCUUUCAUUUAAUAUCAAAUAUUUAGCUAUGAAACAUAGUUUAAUAUGAAAAAUUGGGAGAUAAGAUUUUUUUUUUAUUUUUUAGUUCUACAUGACAUUUUAACGGUCAAUGUCAUAAUACUGUUUGCUUUUACUGCAAUAAAAUACACAUAUUUGUAUUCCGCAAACUCUCACGUGUAAAACAGUACCCCCUAUGUACAGAUUUUAUGGCGUUUUGGGAAGUUACAGGGUCAAAUAUAGCACGUUACAUUUGAAAUUGAAAUUCGCCAGAUUGGUUACGUUGCCUUUGGGACUUUAUAGUAGCCCAGGAAAGAAAUUUACACCCAUAAUGGCAUAUCAUUUGCAAUAGUAGACAACCCAAGGUAUUGCAAAUGGGGUAUGUCCAGUCUUUUUUAGUAGCCAUUUGGUCACAAACACUGGCCAAAGUUAGUGUUAGUAUUUGUUUGUGUGUGAAAAAUGCAAAAAACGCCAAUUUUGGCCAGUGUUUGUGACUAAGUGGCUACUAAAAAAGACUGGACAUACCCUGUUUGCAAUACCUUGGGUUGUCUACUAUUGCAAAUGGUAUGCCAUCAUAGGGGUAAUUUUCAUUCUUGGGCUACCAUAGGGUCUCAAAGGCAACGUAACCAAUCUGGCGAAUUUUAAUGUGAAAAAAAUGAAACACAAGCCUUAUAUUUGACGCUGUAACUUUUGAAAACACCAUAAAACCUGUACAUGAGGGGUACUGUUGUACUCGGGAGACUUCGCUGAACACAAAUAUUUGUGUUUCAAAACAGUAAAAAGUAUCGCAGCAAUAAUAUUGUCUGUGUAAGUGCUGUUUGUGCGUGUAAAAUGCAAAAAAUAAGUAACUUUUACUUGCUAUAUCAUCGUUGUAAUACAUUUUACUGUUGAAACACUAAUAUUUGUGUUCAGUGAAGUCUCCCGAGUAGAACAGUACCCCCCAUGUACAGGUUUUAUGGUGUCUUGGAAAGUUAUAGGAUUAAAUGUAGUGCUAGCAAAUUAAAUUCCCUUUACUUUCGGCAUGGGUUGUCAGGCAGGUCCCGCUAAUUGUAAUUAAUUAAGAUACCUAAUUAUGUAAAAAUAUUACAUAAAUAUAUAUGUAGAAUUAAUAUAUAUGUGUGUGUGUAUGUAUGUAUGUAUGUAUAUAUAUAUAUAUGUGUGUGUGUGUGUGUGUGUAUAAUUUUUAUAUAUAGUGAUAUAUACAUAUAUAUUUAUGUAUAUAGAUAUAUAUAUUUCGUUCUACGUGUAUUUUGAUAUAAAUAUAUAUAUAUUAAUAUCACAAUACAGUUAGAACGAAAUAACACACAUCUAUAUAUUUUUUAACGUAUUUUAUUUUUUAACGUAUUUACAUAUUUAAUUUUUGUAUAUUAUUUAUAUAUAUAUAUAUUUAAUCAGUAUCAGUCUACGUGUAAUUUGUUAUUAAUAUAUAUAAUUAUAUAUAUAUAUAUAUAUAUAUAUAUAUAUAUAUAUAUAUAUUAAUAGUAAAUUACACCUAGACUCUGUGUGUGUGUGUGUGUGUAUAUAUGUGUGUGUGUGUGUAUAUAUAUAUAUAUAUAUAUAUAUAUAAAAUUUUUACACUUAUUAAACUUUUUUUUAAAUUUUAUUUCCAUCCAACAGGGGGACCACCUGUCAUUACAGGCAGCCCCCCUGCUGGCAAUGCUGCAGCCAGCUAUCCCGGCCAUGUGAUUGUGAGGUCCUCGCAAGGACCUCACUCUCACAUGGCCGGGGGAGGGUUCCAGGGGGUCGGACGUGCCGCGGGGGCUCCCUGGGAGUCCCCCCAACCGCGAUCGCUGGCGACCGGGUAAGUAAAGAAAGACUGGAGGGCGUACUAUUACGCCCGGUGGUGUUUAGAGCCGCCUAAAAUAGGGUGUAAUAGUACGCCUUCCGGUCUUAAGGGGUUAAAGGACCACUAUAGUGCCAGGAAAACAUACUUGGUUUUUCUGGCACUAUAGUGCACUGAGGGUACCCCCACCCUCAAGGUCCCCCUCCCGCUGGGCUGGAUGGCGAGGAAAGGGUUAAAUCUUACCUUUUCUCCAGUGCCGGGCGGAGCUCUCUGCCUCCUCGCCUCCUCUUCGGCUGAAUGCGCAUGCGCGGCAGGAGCUGCGCGCGCAUUCAGCCUGUCUCAUAGGAAAGCAUUCAUAAUGCUUUCCUAUGGACGCUGGCGUCUUCUCACUGAUUUUCACAGUGAGAAGCACGCAAAAGCCUCUAGCGGCUGUCAAUGAGACAGCCACUAGAGGCUUUAGAGGCUAGAUUAACCCUAUUAUAAACAUAGCAGUUUCUGUGAAACUGUUUAUAAAAAAACAAAGGGUUAAUCCUAGAGGGAUCUGGCACCCAGACCACUUCAUUAAGCUGGAGUGGUCUGGGUGCCUAGAGUGGGUCUUUUAACAGAGUCUUCCUAACACCAAUUCGAUUGGCUCCUCUGACCCAGGCUCCAAUGCAGAAGGCUUUCACUUGGGCUCUGGAGGUAGGCUGAGAACAUCAUCUGACACUCUCAGCCUAUAAGUGGCAACCCAUUGAGAAAAAUAUGUACCUUUCAGUUUAAACUAACACUCUGUAAGCAAAAAAACAAACAAAAAACCAUUGGCUUAUUGAAGUGAUUGUGGUAUAUACAGUUACAUCUGAAAUGGAAAUAUUUGGACACUAGCAAACGUUUUAUUUCGGCUGUUAACUAAAAUAAAUUCAAGUUACAGUUAAAUACUGAAUAUGUGCUUAAAAUGCAGUUUCUCAGCUUUAAUUUGAGGUUAUUCACACCCAGACUGCAGAAAUUGGAGAAUUAGAACUCUUUAGUAUGUAGCCCCCUCCUUUAAUGUUUAACCCCUUAACGCUGUUACGGCGUUCUAUGCCGUCCCGCUUUAAAGCCGUUGCGGCGGCAUAGAACGCCGUAACGGCUUUGAGCCCUGGAGCGCCCGGUAUACUCACCUUACCGGCACUCCGCUUCGGGAAGACUGCCUGACAGCCCAGGCAGCCCUCCCCCGGCAAAUGAGGCCCCCUAUAGCUGGCUGUGGAUUUGCCGGCAGGGGGACUGUCUGAAAUGUCACAGUCCUCCUGCUGGUAGGAAAUGAAAAAAAAAUAUUAUUAGACAUGUUUUAAAAUAAAUAUUACACACACGCAAUGUAUAUUAAUAUAAGUACAUAUAUUAGUAUUAAAAAAAACUUAGAAUGACGUUACAUAUAUAUGUAUAUAUGUAUAAUUACAAUAAUAAAAUAAAUAAAAUAUUGAAACAAAUUUAAUAUAAAUUAUAUAUUCAUAUGUAAUUUCAUUCUAACUGUAUUUUGUUAUAUAUAUAUAUAUAUAUAUAUAUAUAUAUAUGUGUGUGUAUAUGUGUAUGUAACAAAAUACACUUAGAAUGACAUUCUAUAUAUAUCUGUAUAUAAAAUACAAAUAACCGCAUAUAUAUAUAUAUAUAUAUAUAUAUAUAUAUAUAUAUAUAAUUACAUAAAAGAUUACAUUAGUAUACACGUAGAAUUUAAGUAAUAUGUUUUACUGUUUUAAAACACUAAUAUUUGUGUUUAGUGAAGUCUCCUGAGAAUAACAGUACCCCCCAUGUACAGGUUUAUGGUGUUUUGGAAAGUUAGAGAGUCACAUAUAAGGCUUGCAUUUCAUUUUUUUCACAUUGAAAUUUGCCAGAUUGGUUAUGUUGCCUUUGAGAGCGUAUGGUAGCCCAGGAAUGAGAAUUACCCCCAUGUUGGCAUACCAUUUGCAAAAGUAGACAACCCAAGGUAUUGCAAGUGGGGUAUGUCCAGUCUUUCUUAGUAGCCACUUAGUCACAAACAUUGGCCAAAUAUUAGUUUUUUGCUUUUUUUCCACACAAAAACAAAUAGGAAUGCUAACUUUGGCCAGUGUUUGUGACUAAGUGGCUACUAAAAAAGACUAAACAUACCCCACUUUCAAUACCUUGGGUUUUCUACUUUUUCAAAUGGAAUGCCAUUAUGGGGGUAGUUCUCAUUCCUGGGCUACCACACCGUCUCAAAGGUAACAUUACUAAUCUGGCAAAUUUCAAUUUGAAAAUGGAACGUUCUAUAUUUGACCCUGUAACUUUCCAAAACACCUAAAGACAUUGCUGAUUACAAAUAUGUGCUUUUUUUGCUGUAAAACCUAACACUAUUAUGACAUUCACAGCUAAAAUGUCAGAUGGAAAUACAAAUUAAAAAAAAAAAAUCUUAUUUUCUCAAAUUUUAUUUAUAAUAAAUUACGUUCCAUAUAUGAAUAGUUAAUGAUAAAUUAAAGCCCUGUUUCUCUUAAACAAAAUGAUAUAUAAUAAGUGUGGGUGCACUUAAUGUGACAGCGGUGAAUUACGGUUGAACAGACAUAUAUCGCAAAUUCCAGUUUUUGUUUACGUGUUACGUCCUGAAGGGGUUAAUGUUCAGUUAACAGAUCAGAAGGUAAGACCUUGUAAACACACAAUGCUUUAAAAAAACAACUUUUUAUAUGGAGUCACAACCAGAAAAGAUGUGACACAGGCUGCAAAAACAAAUUGAUUUAACAUCUAAAUGGCAGAGAAUUAGGAAGUGAUACUGCACAUGAAUAAUCUAUAUGCCACAAUUGCUUUAAGUUACACAUUGCUUUGGUGCUUAUAGUGUCUCUUUAAAGGGUUCAUGUGUAUUUACUUUUGCACUUGACAUUCAUUGUAACUCUCUGUAAUGAAGCAAAAUACAUACUGUUAGUAGUAGGACGCUCUGCACUUGAUACUAACCUAGAUAUGCAUGCCCAAGUUUGCACUCAGACUUGUGCAUAUUCCAUGGUAUCUGGGUCUCUUAAGUGCCAUAUUAAUUAAGUCAUAAGCAUUUAAGCUCAUUGUGUGAAGUUGCACACUGGGUUAUAACUUGUGGCACAGAUUUAGGCAUGUGAUAACUGCAAUCAAGGUAAUGGGUAUGGGUUAUAAUAUGUAUGGAUUCUGCUUUUAUGGAAUAAAUAAAAUCAUUUGUAUUACUUUUUUUCUUCUCUAAAUAGAAAGUAGCAAAUAUGAGUAGUGAGAUGUUUUCCACAUAUUUUUUUGGAAUUGCAUUACAAUUUUGGAAUAUGCAUGGAGUAUAUUGAGCAUUUAGGGAAAACUGUAGUGAGUCCCAUAGAGCAGCUUGUUACAGUACUGCAGAGUACAAAGUUUUUUUUUUCAUGAAAAAUGAUUCACUGAUUAACGCCUUCACAGAUCACUCCCUUAACCACUGGAAAAAAAAUGAAUGCAUGAAUACGUAGUUGACACAUGGAACAGGGAAACAACAAUAUUAUUGCAUUAAAUAUCUGGUGCGUUGACACAACUAAAUUUUUUUUAAAGGUUGAGUGGACAUUAAAAGAUUACUCCAAGCAUCAUAACCACUACCAUCCGCGUUAGUGGUUAUUAUGGCAAGUGUACCCUGGUCUCACUUUUCCCUCAUACCUGAGUUCCUGCUGGACUGAGCUACAGGAGCUGGUAGUCAGUCCCACCGGCCAUGUAUUGGCUGAGCGCAUCAGCUGACCGUUCUCAGCCAAUUAAUACAAUUCUGUCGAAUUGUAUUAGGAAAAUACACAGAAUUGACAUUAGCCUAGAGUUCCAGUCUGGCUAAUGAUGCAGCUGCCAAAAGUGGAGUUGGACUUCUGGCAGCAGAGGAGUUAAACUCCAUAUGUGCAGAGCUUCAAAGCGAGCCGGUACAGUCUGCAGGCACCAUGAGCACUUUAAAUAACUGAAGAGUUCAUGGUGUUUGGAGUAACCCUUCAAGUUAGGGCAAGAACAUCUUAGAAUACCUGUGACAGCAUUGCAGCACAUUGUAUCAGAUGGGAGGGAGCUGUCUGGGUGUCUGAAGACAUCUAGACAGAGAACCAGAUCACGAUUUUAAGUGCAGCUCAAUGGAGCUUGGUUUGUAUUGCUUACACCAUGGCUUGCUGCAGUAGUGUGUUAAUAUCCUGCACUACCAAUGCAUAAGCCUUGCUGGAAUUGUACUUAUCUGCAGUGCAAGCCCAGGUUCAUGUGGCUCACGCUAGAUAAUAGCGAUGAGUCUUCUACUCUCUUGCAAACAUAUGAAAUUCAAAAUAGAAGGGAAAAGUGGCCGUAAGUAGAAGGGUGCCAUCUACUAGGAGAAAGGGGCAGUAACAUGCCACUGAUCCCACUGUGCCAAAUGUUGCUUUCCAUGAUGCAUUCCCAAUGACAUGGGAAAGAAUAGAAAAUAUGGCAUGCAUAAAACCUUCACAUAAGACCAUGCACUCUUAAUCCACAUACAUGAAUCUAUUGACACACAUACAAUGACAUUAUAUACAUAUUUUACUUUUUUGGAUAAAAUCAUGGAAGCACUACAGAUGGGUAUAGCUCCAUUCCUCCUAAAUUGAACAAGAACACUUCUUACUCUAAUAAGAGACUCCAUCCCUUUCAGGUGGACACGUGCUGUGUUGCACCUCUUCCUUUUCUUUUGUAGCUUAUUUGGAUCUAUGGUACCGCGAGGCUCAUGGGGAGUUCACACUCUCUCCCCAUGGAAGCCUCAGGACAUGAUGACUCACAAGAGCCCAGUUGAUCACUGACGAAUGGGUUUGAAAAAUUUUAAGCAAAGGCUAUUUUUGGAAUUCCAUACCAUCCUUUGAGAUCUUUGGCCUCUUCCUGGGCAGCAGCUAAUGUUUCUCCUGACUGCAUUUGUUCAGUGGUAACUUGGCACUUAUUUAACACCUUUAUCAAUCAUUACCAUUUGGAUGUGGCUAGAUUUUCUAGCUGUUUGGCAGGAUUGUCUUUUCAUAUGCAUUGUAAUUGAGUUUCUAAUACAUUGUAUUUUUUUUUCUUUUAUUUCUUGGGUUUUUUUUGGGGGGGGGGCGCUUAUGUCUUUCGCUUGGGUAUUACCCACCAGUAGUGCUUCCAUGGAUAUAUCCAGGAAAACAGAAAAUGUAUUUCAUACUUACCGAUAUUUUAUUUUCCUGGAUAUAGGCCAUGGCAGCCCUACACUCCCACCCUUACUUUGUCUUUUUGUUUGUGACUGUGGACUAAGACUGAGGUUGUAGGGGAUGGAGUCUUUUAUUGUUUAGUUAGAUGUUCUAGUCCAAUUUAGGAGUGGGAGGAGCUGUACCUAUCUGUAGUGCCAUCAUAGCCUGUAUCCAGGAAAAGAAAAUAUCGUUAAGUAUAGAAUACAAUUUUUGUAUUCAGACUUGGCUAGGUUAAGACUUUGUUUCAAGAACUGCUUGCAGUCAAACAUAUGCAAAGGUGUUUGCUAGUUAUAAUGCACAGUUAAUAAAAAUGUAUGCUUUAUUUUAAAUAGAAGCUAAUUAUCGAUGAGAAGAAAUACUACCUGUUUGGGAGGAAUCCAGAUAUGUGCGACUUCACCAUUGAUCAUCAGUCAUGUUCCAGGGUUCAUACAGCCUUGGUUUACCACAAGCACCUGAAAAGAGUGUUUCUCAUAGAUCUGAACAGCAGUAAGUUCCUUUUAUGUCAAUAUUUUUAUUUUGCAAGGAGAGGUUCACCAUAUUCUACUUCAGAGGCUUGUGCACAGAACUGUGAUAUUGACACACACACACACACACACACACACACACACACGUUAAAUUAGUAAGUCAAAUAAAAAAAAAAAAAUAUUUGCUUGCUACUUUAAGGACAGUUUUCCUUGCAAUCUUCAUUAUUCACAUUAAAUUUGCAGUCAGGGUACAUUCUUAGGUAACUCUCCUUUUCUGAAUAUUUGUUAUGUUAACCCUCCCCCUUUUGUAUCUCAUAUCUUCAUAACUAUUCAAUAACCCAUUUGGCUCAUUCUCCCUUUCCUAUAUUUUCACACUGUUGGUUAUAAUGGCACUCAUGAGUCAUUAGGCAUGAACCAAUCUUUAAUGCUGGAUAAAGUCAAUUAAUUGGUGCAUUAUUUAGUGGAAUGCUUUUUGAUUAAGCCAUGCAGAUGAUAUUCUAGCUACCACUCCCUUUUUACUUUACAUCACUUUCUUUUAAAGUAUGUCGUAAAUCUCUUAAGCAGAUAAAAAAAUGCACCAUAUAUGUUAAAUAUGGGAGGAAGAAAACCAACUCAAGAUAAAUGAGCAGUCUUAGUAUGGACAUGUAUCUGACCACUCUCCGGUUUAUAUAACGAUAUCCAUCUUUGUCCAAGGCAGCGUAUUCAGACCAGAAGCCACAUAAAGUAAAAGAAUGUAGGCAAAGAAAACCUUUAUUACAACAAAUAUGUAAUUAAAUGGUAAAAUGUGUUAGUGGUGAAAGGGAUGUAGCUGUGCUCAGAAUUCUCGUGUGUGUGUGUGUGUGUGUAUAAUAAUUUUUUUUCCCACACAAUGCUCUUAGAACAGAUUAUUUAAAUACAGUUUAGCUCAUUUAGCACUGUUUAAUUUGUCACCCAUGUUGGAUUUAGUUUAGGACCCACCGAUAUUGGGUUGUUGGGAAGUAGUGGUGGGCUUAAAACAAUAUGGCCAUAUGGGGGGAACUAAAUCAUCAUAUUUGUUUGCUGAGAUAGGUGAUUUUUUAAGUAGCCAUACAAAAUUGAAAGCCGUAUCAUGUGUGCACUGUUACUUAAUCUGUAUUAUAUAUAAAUAAAUAAUAUGGAUGUGCCAUUUUUCUGUCCAGUAUUUGGAUUCAUAGGUACUAUUGAGGGCAACAUUGUUUUUAAGUGUCAAACGUAUCUCUAAAUUUCUUACAUUUUAUCUAUUUUAUUGUUUGCACUUUUGUACAAAUAAUUGAUUAAUCAUUGUUUCCCUUUUCCUCCUCCCCCCCAGCGCAUGGAACAUUUCUGGGUCAUAUCCGUUUAGAACCCCACAAGCCACAACAAAUCCCUAUAGACUCCACAGUUUCAUUUGGAGCCUCCACACGAAUGUAUACUCUUAGAGAAAAACCUCAAACUCUCCCCUCUGCCUUGAAAGGUGAUGAUAAAGCAGGAGAUGACGAAGAGUUAAAAGGACUGUUGGGCCUUCCAGAAGAGGAAACAGAGCUUGAUGUAAGUGCAAUUAACUUGGCAGAAAAGAGCUAUAGAAAAUGUUUGUUUGUCAAUACUGUCUAGCUAGCAUGCAGCAUUUAUUUAUUAUCCUUUUCUCAUUCACAAUGUGACUGAGAGUGACUAGAAUGGUCCUUUGGGAAUUAGCCUCUGAAUGAUGCCCUGUGUGACUUGCUUAUUAACUUUUUUGUAAAACUGUUUUAGAUGCCUUUGGUGUUUUGCUACACUACUGUAGGUCCAAACCCAUGUUUAUUAACUCUUAACCCCUUAAGGACACAUGACGGAAAUAUUCCGUCAUGAUUCUCUUUUAUUCUAGAAGUUGUGUUCUUUAAGGGGUUAAUAUCAAGAUUUGGAACCAUACUUGUAUCAGUACCAUAAUGACAUUGAACUACUAUAUUUUUGGGCACAGAAAAACUCAACCAUCUUCAGCCAAAAUGUUUUGUUUUUUUCUGUUUCUUUCUUGUAAGGAAAUGUAGUGAGAUUAUGAUCUAAUGUUUCUUGAAAGUUAAUGAUUUCAGUGUUUUAGAAAACCACAUUUCCAAAUGAUUUUCAAAAUAACUAAAAGCAAUAUUCUUGUUGGAUAUAUAUUUAGCCAAAACCAGUCAAAUCUUAUUUUAAAAGAACACUCCAAACACAUAAACCAGCUAUCCCGGCCAUGUGAUUGUGAGGUCCUCGCAAGGACCUCACUCUCACAUGGCCGGGGGGGUUCCAGGGGGUCGGAUGUGCCACGUGGGCUCCCUGGGAGUCCCCCCAACCGCGAUCGCCGGCGACUGGGUAAGUAAAGAAAGACUGGAAGGCGUACUAUUACGCCCGGUGGCAUUUAGAGCCGCCUAAAAUAGGGCGUAAUAGUACGCCCUCUGGUCUUAAGGGGUUAAUAUACUCUACCUCUUUACUGUGUUGAUUCCCUAUGUAUUUAAAUGUUUCUAUAAUAUCCCCCUGGUCUCGUCUUUCCUCCAAGCUAUACAUGUUAAAUUCCUUUUACCCUGCAAUCCAUGAACCAGUUUAGUAGCCUUUCUAUGAACUAUCUCUAAAGUAUCAAUAUCCUUUUGGGGAUAGGUACAGUACUACAGGUGAGGACUCCACCAGUGUUCUGUUCAAUGGCAUGAACACUUCCCUCUCCCUAUACAACCAAGCAUUCUACUAGCAUUUCCUGCUGCUCUAUUACAUUGUGUGCCUACCUUUAGGUCAUCUGAAAUAAUUACCCCUAAAUCCCUUUCCUCAGAUGUUAAGGUCAGGACUGUAUCAAAUAUUCUGUACUCUGCCCUUGGGUUUUUACACCCAAUAUAGAUUGCAUCUAUAUGCAGUUGAACAGUCAAAGGUAGUGUAAAGCAAAGUUUUUGAAAGGUCAUGAUUUAAGCAAGUAUGCAUCGAUUUGCAGAAUCUGACAGAGUUCAACACUGCACACAACAAGAGAAUAUCCACGCUCACCAUUGAAGAGGGAAACCUUGAUAUUCAGAGACCAAAAAGGAAGAGGAGGAAUUCCCGGGUAACAUUCAACGAAGAAGAUGAAGUUAUCAACCCAGGUGAGUAGGAAUUCCUGUGUUUACUUAAGUGUACUUUUGAUUUAUUUAUGUGAUUUAUGUACUUUGACAAACGGGUUAAUCUCAUCUCUAAGUUUUGUUUCAUUUUGGAUUCGGUAUACUUGUAUUAUUUGAGGAAAAGGUUUACCAGGCUAUAGAGAUACUAAGAGUCUCUGACAAGAAAGAAGUUGAAGGGAAAACUCCAAGCAUUAUAACAUUUGCGCUUUGUUUGCAUUAUGGUCCAUCGUGGUUCCGUGUCUCUCUGGAAACCAUUAUUUAACUGAAUCAGUUUGCAAAAAUCACACUAUCUGUAAAUCCACAUCUUCAGUGACAUGUUGUAGGAGGAAGCUUUACUUCUUACUCUAACUGUUAAAUUUGGGCGUAUUGUAGAAAUUCCCACUACCUGGAACUGCGUUUGCUUUUUAUAGUUCCUUUCUCAAAGCUCUGAAUGUUGUUGUUAACAUAGGUCAGUUGCUAUCAUCUUAGGUAACAGCCUAAUUUAUUUUACUGAUGAAAGAAGUGCUGAACUAAAUUUCCUAUAAACUCCUGCUUGAAAGGGGUUUAUUACUGGUGCAAAGUUCUGAAAGUGUAUCAAUCAGUAGGAGCAUUCCACUGGUUCAAUAGUGACUACUCUACUUUUGGAACGGUAUCCAGAAUUAUUCUUUACACAAAAAAAAUUGAAAACUAAUGAUUUACUUUGUCUGGGAUAAACACCGUUAAAUAAGAAUUUUCUAAAUCAGCCCUAUUAUUUCCCUGUUAGGUUUACAGGUAGCCUUUUUCUUGAAUGAAUGCCUUGUGGCCUUUCCCAUAUCAAAACUUGGAUUUGUAUUUAUCAAACUCUUUGGUUGUUUUUAAGAGUAAGUCUGAAACAUAAAAUAACAUGUUCGGUUUUUUUCUCCUUUAUCUGCAGAGGAUGUAGAUCCCUCAGUUGGACGUUUUAGGAAUAUGGUGCAGACAGCUGUUGUUCCUGUAAAGGUAUGUUUCCCAAUUUUCCCCCUUCCUUUCUCUACUCUAUAAAUACCCCUUACCACCCCUUCACUUCUGAAAUGCUUUGUCUUCAACAGAAAAAGAAGUCUGAUAACCCUGGAUCCCUCAGCCUUGAAGAUUCUGUGGGACGGCGUGUUCAAAACUUCCCAUUUUCUGCAGGUCUUUAUGGUGGCCUACCACCUACCAAUGCUGAGGCAGGAGCACAGACAGCAGGUAGCCAUGCUACUGCCCUUAUUGGGGGCAUGCCUUUUCCCAACUUGGCCCCUGAGGUGGAUCUUACCCCAACUACUCCUACUGCUGUACCAAUUACAGUUGCUCCUACACCAUCCAGCUUCACUACAGAAGCUGUUAAUGAACCCAAGAAAAAGAAGUAUGCCAAGGAAGCAUGGCCUGGAAAAAAGCCCACUCCUUCUUUGCUUAUUUGAUAGACUUAAACCAGUUGCAGGAUAAAGGGGUUCCGGGACACUUUGAAUGAUCAGUCAUAUUCAUUUUAUUGGUUUCUAAAAGAAACAGGGCUCCUGGCCCAUUUCCUGCCUGAUUGUAUAUACCAUGUCUGUUCUUCGCCGACUGGAUUGUAGGCAGGAAGUGAAAAAUUACAGUGAUUAAAGUGAAGCUUUUGUACCCUUAAAUUUCCUCUUGAUAAUGGUCAUGUUCCUCUCCCAUUGUAUGUUUAAACACCGAUGAAGAACACCUCACUUACUGUUGUAACCUGAAACAUUCAGUGGAGGAACCUAAAAAGCAUUUACGCGCACGCAGACACACACAUACACACACUCUAUGAUUUCUUGGGUUUUUAUACAGUGUAUAGAAACCUGCACACAUGUACAGCUAUAGUGACAGAUUAUUUUUUUAUAUGUAUAAUUUGAUUUCUGUGAGUUUUUAUAAUAUAAUGUUACACUUAUGGUUUGAAUGUACGCUUGUGCAUGUGAACACUAGAAAGGGACUUUAGUCCUCUAAUACUGGGGUAAUUCACUCCAUGCAGCACACAGACCUUUGUUUUUUGAUAUCAAAUUUUUUAAUAUAAAUAAGUGAAACAUGGGCUGUGUGAGGACCUCAAGGCCAGGAGUUAAAGAUCCCUUAUCUAGUAUAUGGAUUGGUACCAUUUUCAGUGAGUAAUUACAACAGUUUUCAAGGUAUUCUUGUUUGCAGGUAGACUGAUGUGUGUAAUUUAGUUGCCAUUUAACUUGUGUUUAAAUCUAUUACACUGUUCUAAAGUCUGAUACAUCUUUGACCUUACCUUGCUGUAAUGAACUUUAUUAUAUUCAUUUGUAUGACUAGAUUUCCCUUAUUUAAAGACACAUUUGCUAGGUGCAAUGGAGAUAAGAUUCUAAAACAAACAUUUUGUUGCUUCCUUUAUCAUAAUCUGUGUAAUUUUAGUUUUAAAUAAUCUUUAUAGUAGUAAUCAAAAAUGUAUUAUUUUCUUCUGAAUUUCCAUUGUAUAGUAACUUUUUGUUUUAUUAGAUAUUAUGGGUUAUAGUUCGUGGAUUUUUUGUUUUUUGAGAGGAGAGGGGGGGAUGGGAUGUAAGGUUGGAAACACAAACUAAAAACACCUGACUAGUGAGCAGCACUGCCAGAAUAUCAUUUAAUUUUAUGAUGACAGAGCCUGGAAGGCAGGAUACCUGAUGUAGUGUGCGGAGAGCUAGCAGUACAUUCACUGUAACAGCUGGGUUAGUCACUGAAAGCAGGAGACAACCAAUUUAAGCCAUCUAUAAAAACUGAGUGUUCAGCAUCAAGAAAAGAGGUGGAACAAUGAACGUAUGCAAACUUCGAUUUUUAUUUUAUUUUUUUUAUUUAUUUUUUUUAAUUGAUUUUUUUUUUUAAAUUAACUGUUCCUUAAAUAAUGAAAAAGGCAUAAAAUAUAAUUCUGAAAACGUGUUUAGCUCCCUUGGAUUGGUAUUCAACAUGUAGUAUUUGAGCUAUGAGUUAAUGCUAUGUUGAGUCUACUACCAUGAUAAUUACAAUAAUAACAAAUGUAUGAAGAGCAGGUCUAUGAAGGGAAUUAUUGAUAAAAACUAAAACUGCUGCACUAAAACUAGAGGUUCCAGUUUACAUAUUCUAUGAAUAUGAAAUGUGUUCCAAGAACUAAAACAAAUGCGAUAACAAGAGUAAUUAAAAAGAAACCAUUUACAGACCUAAUCGUGUGAAUGCAUGAGUGUGGCAUGGGCUAAAUUAAUUUAUUCAUGCACCUAACACUCAUGGUUAAAAUGUGCUUUUUUUUUUUAUUUUUGGGGCGGAGUAAAUUAGUGAAACUGUUGUUAAAACACUUGCUCUGUAUGUGCACUCUCACUAAACACACACUCAUCUAUAUGUUUAAAUGCUUAGUGGUUCUAUAGAGGACAGAUGGAAUUAUUUUUUUUUUUUUAUAAUUUGACUAAAAAACUUUAUAUUUCUCACAUUUCUUUUGGUUCCAUUGCACAAUACAUUUUUUCUUAACAGUCUGCAAAACCGUUUGUAGUUAUCAUUCCUCCACAAUUCCUGGCUUAGACUAAUCAUAGUCUAUACCUAUUUUAAAAAAUGUCCCAUGAAUGCUGAAAAUUUAACAUUUGAAGAAAUACUCCCUCCACCAUAAUGACUUUGUCUCAGUGAUAUGAGGGCAGGAGAUGCCAUCUUCAAUUCAAGGGUUUUUCAGUGCUUUAAGGCCAUAGUUUUGGGGUUUUUUCCCUCUUGCACCUGUCCUCGUAACCAUUCAGGCUACUGCAAUGAUCAUGAGGAGCUGCCAGUUGGCCUGUGAUAGGCUGCUUGUGUCAGUCUUUCACUGGCUGCCACUUGAAAGUAAUUGUAUGCACUGUCACUAGCUGCCCAGCAAGCCAUCCUGAUACUGUGGCAACCGGAGAGAGGACAGGCACCAUGAGGAUUACUUUUAAGGUUAAACCAUUAUAAAACAGUGUAAACACUAACUGUAAAAGGGUGUCCAGACCCUGCACUCAUUUUGCUGAAGUUAUUGGGGUGGGAGUGUUCCUUUAAUCACUUUUGAAUUUCAAAAGUGUACCACGUGACAUGGACUAAAACUUUCUUAUCUUUCUCACCAAUUUAAACUCAUUCUUCAUUUUUAAAAUGAUCUGAAAGAUUACAGUUUAUUGUAAAUAUUUUUUUUUUUUAAUGUGUAGAUUUGAUAUAAAUAUAUACAUCUUUUUACGCUUUGUAAUUCUUUAAUCAGGAAUUGGACUUUUUAAGAGUGAAUUUUUAGUACAUUACCAUCGCACCAUAAUAUGUCCUGUUUUAAUUUACCUUCAACUCUAGACAUUGUAUUCUCAGUGUAUUUUUUUGUAAAGCAACCUCAAAGUGAGAUAAAACAUUUUAACUGCAUUUUGAAUUUUAUUUUCUCAUUCAGAAUUGUGUUUAGCUAAUUACAACUAGUUCACUCCCUGGCUGCUGUUUGCUUUUAUUAUUGGUUUAUAAUAAGCAAUAGUUAAAGUGACACUCCAUGCUAUUGACCACAAUGUAUGUAUACUCAUGCCUUUCUAACAUGCAUGUGUAAUGUCUACAUUUUGGAGGGCACAAAUAUGCUGAGUUAAGGUUGCUCAUUUGACCAGUAUAAUUCUAAAAUUGUGCUUGCUUAAAGGACCACUCUAGGCACC